CAGCACACAUAGGAAGUAAUGAUCGGCUGUGUGGACAACGCAAAAGGAGCUAAAGGAGCCGAAGAAGGAAGCGACACAGUAAUAAUGACAUCUGAGCCCCUACCACCAGCGGACUGAGAGCAGAACAGGCCACAUCUGCGGUGACUCCAGGCCUCCGUCCUCCAUGCCUGCCGCCCCAGGCUCCUCUCGACUAGAGCAGAAUGAGCCUAUGAACCCACUUCGCAUCUCUGUAGGAGGCCUCCCCAUGUUGGCUUCCAUGGCCAACACCACUGACCCUCGUUUCCGCCUUAAGUGGAGGCCCAUUGUGGCAGUGGGAAUCACCCUGACCUUUAUCCUGCUGCUUGCCAUGCACUUGAGCUCAGGCCUGCGCUACCACACUUACGGCUCACACAGCUGGAAAGCUAGCCGAAGUGACGCCCAACAGUCGGACUACCACUACAACGACACCUAUCCUCUCAGUCCACCUGAGCGCACAGCACAGGGCACACGCUACCGCAUUGGGGUCAUUGCCGACCUGGACACAAACUCUCAGAGCGACAAGAAGCUGACGUGGUUCAGCUACAUGCGGCGAGGAUACCUGCUGGUGUCGCAGAGUGGUGACAAGGUGGCCGUUGAAUGGGACAAAGACACGGUGGUGCUGGAAAGCCACCUGUCAGAGAAAGGCAGGGGCAUGGAGCUGUCUGAGCUGGUGGUGUUCAACGGCAAGGUUUACAGCGUCGACGACAGAACGGGUAUUGUCUACCAUAUCGACGGAGACAAGGCGGUACCCUGGGUUAUCUUACCGGAUGGUGAAGGAAAUGUUGCCAAAGGAUUUAAAGCUGAGUGGCUGGCAGUGAAGGACGAGCAGUUAUACGUCGGUGGUCUGGGGAAAGAGUGGACCACUACUGAAGGCGAGUUCGUCAACAAUAACCCAGAGUGGGUAAAAGUAGUGGGCUUCAGAGGGGACGUACAACACAAGAACUGGGUUCCCAAGUACAAAGCUCUCAAGUCUGCUGCAGGAAUAGAGCCUCCAGGUUAUUUAAUCCAUGAGUCAGCAGCAUGGAGCGACACCCUGCAGCGCUGGUUCUUUCUCCCUCGCCGUGCCAGUAAGGAGCGCUAUGAGGAGACAGCAGACGAGCGUCGUGCUACCAACCUUGUCCUCAGCUGUUCGCCAGAUUUCAAGGACAUCAUAGUUAGUCGGGUGGGUACUCUUAACCCCACGCACGGUUUCUCGUCCUUCAAGUUUGUCCCCAACACAGAUGACCAAAUCAUUCUGGCACUCAAGUCAGAGGAAGACGCCGGUAAGAUUGCCACAUACAUCAUGGCUUUCACGCUCGAUGGACGCAUCCUUUUACCUGAAACCAAGAUUGGAGACGUGAAAUACGAGGGCUUGGAGUUCAUCUAGAGGGCUCAGACACAGAGAGAUCCGCUCUGGAGGCCACUGCACUGUGGUUCUAGUUUGUUUACAGUUCAGUCACUGUUGAACUCGCUGCUUCCUCUGUGAUUUUUGAAAAACACAACUCCAACCUUUGAAGCAGCACCGUUAUUACAGUUAAAAGAACUAGAGGGUGAGACUGUAAAAUACAGUCCUGUUUUGUCCUGUUUUAAGAAAGUGCAAGUCAUAUUAAAUAUUGCCAGCAUGUGUUGCAGUGGAUCAUCUCCUUCCCAGGCCAAAUGUGGGCUUCAACAGUACUGUAGCCUUUCUUACAAUGAAUGUACAAAAGAUUGAUUUAUCAGACUGUGAUUUCUUCUUGUAAAAAAAAUGCAUACUGUACACUGUACACUCUGAGAAGAUUAAAGGUUUUUAUCUCUUUGCUUCAUGUUGA